AUGAAUUAUGAUUUCUCUUUUGCUGAAUUCAAAACUCCUUAAAAACCAUAUUAUGUUAGAUCAAAUCACAAAUAUAACCUAAGUUAACCUUAACUAUCCAACUUUUAAACUGAUUUUUAGGAACAUAAAUAAAAUCUCUCUAAAGUUGGAUAAGAAUCCUUAAAAAAAUGGGAUUUCUUUUCUGACCCAUUCAGUUUACCUGAUAAAUAUCUUAAUAAUUCAUCUAAAUAAAUAAAAACAGAAACAACAGAAGUUGGAUUUGAUAGUAUUGAUCUCAUUUUAGGAAAACAAACGGAUCGAAACAGUUCCACAUCACUUCAAGUAAUUCACUAAAAAACUUAAUCAGAAAAAUUAAUAGGCAAAAAAGUAUAAUUUUCUGAACUAGUACAAGUUAAGAAUGAUGAUGGAAGUGAAUCUGAAGAACCUAUUUAAUUAAUAUCAAGAAAAGAAACAAGAAAAAGCAAGUUUUCAACAUCUUGUUAGAGACCACAUGAUCAAAUUAGAAAAUAAUUUUGAUAUAAAUUACUACUCAAUAUAAAAAAUAUAAUAUAGAG